AACAGGAGCCUGAUGCAGCCGCUCAGUUCAGCGCAGUUCUGCUCAAAGUGGCGUUAGUAUGUAAGAACCAGUCGAUUCCAACCGACUCUGGAGUUCAGAAAGAAACUUCACCCGUCUCGGGAUCCGACUCGAAGAGGACUUAAACACGGAACUAGAGGUGCCAUGGCAUUACCGUCCGUUUGGAAGUACCGCGGUGUAUUCUCCACGCUCCUCCUGCUGUCCUUCCUGCGCACAGCACGGAGUCAGGCAGUGCAGGCUGAAAAUGUGACAGUUCUCGAGGGCGGUACAGCGCAGAUCUCCUGCCGCCUCCAGAACUAUGACGGCUCCAUAGUGGUCAUCCAGAACCCGCGCAGGCAGACGCUGUUCUUUAACGGCACACGAGCGCUGAAGGACGAGCGCUUUCAGAUGGUGCUGUUCACGCCACGCCUGGUGCGCAUCGCGCUGAGUAACGUGAGCGUGUCUGACGAGGGUGGCUACUUCUGCCAGCUCUACACGGACUCCACGCACCACCAGGUGGCCACGCUGUCAGUGGUGGUGCCCCCGGAGGUGCCCACUGUGGAGGUGAAGAGCGAAGCGGUGGAGGGUGGAGAGGUGGAGCUCACCUGCGUGUCGGAGAGGAGCAAACCUCCUGCUACGCUGCGCUGGGUCCGAGACCGCCGAGAGAUUCCUGGUGUGGUGUCUCAGCAGGAGAACGGAAAGACUGUGAGUGUGUCCAACACCAUACGGCUUUCCGUGGAGAGGAAGGACAACGGUGCUGCUCUCAGCUGUGAGGCUUCCCACCCGGCACUCGUGGGACAGAAAAGAGUCCGCCAUUACCGCCUGGAUGUCCACUUCGCCCCCACGGUGAGGAUCAGCCCCCCACAGGGCAUUCUGCGAGAGGGGGACUCGCUCAGCCUUACCUGCUUCGUCACUGGAAAUCCACUGCCACGGGACAUUCACUGGUCGAGAGUGAACGACACUCUGCCUGAGAGGGCGGAAAUUUCCGGCACAACCCUGGUCAUGUCUCGCCUGAGCCAAACACACAACGGCACCUACCUGUGUCAGGCACACAAUAAUUACGGCCGUGCAGCCGACCAGUACACGCUGCUGGUGUAUGAGAAUGUGUCUGUGUUUGUCAGCCCCACCUCCCAUCCCGUCACCUCUUCAUCCUCCCUUCCAUGGACACCAGCAGACCCCGGAGCAGUAGUGGAGACUCAUAGCGCCGUACCGUAUCCAGUCAUAGGGGGUGUGCUGGCUGUACUCGUCUUCACCAUCAUCUGCGUGCUCAUCGUAACCAUCUGGUGCUCGGUCCGACAGAAAGGCUCGUACCUCACGCAUGAGGCGAGUGGCCUUGAUGAACACGGGGAGGUGCAGGAAGCAUUUCUCAAUGGAAAUGAUACUAGUCAAGGCAAGAAAGAGUAUCUACUGUAACAGCUCCUGGAGGAUGGCCACGGAGCGCACAUCACAAAUACACACACACACACACACACACACACACACACACACUCACACACAUAUACACCUGAUGGUAAACUACUACAGCAGUGCCAUGUAAAAGGGAGAGAGAGAGAGAGAAAAGAAUAGGCAUAAUUAAGAUUGAGGGAGACAUCAGAAACAGAAAAAGCACCGGCCCUACACACCCACACACACUUUCUAUUAAGCAGUAAGUAGGAGGCAGAACCGAAUAGCCAUAACUCACGAACUAGCCGAGCAACGACGACUUACAGCCUAUUGACUUUGCUCAUGCAAAUAUAAAUAGAGCACAUGAACUAUAAAAGCCGGCCGAUUACAGCAUCGCGUACCUCACGCUCCCCUCAUAUAGUAGUAUUUACACUGGGUAUUCACCUGGUACUGGACCUCUUUCAUAUUCCAUUAUCAGGUGUUUAGUAAUCCACACACACACACACACACACACACACACACACACACACACACAGAGCGAAUUGCCUCUUAUCAAGUCAAUAUCCCUCCUGAGGGACAGCUCUUCUCUUUGAUC